AUGUCUACUCUCAGCUUCCACAACUUCUCCUGGAAAGGCGACCCCAAAUGGUGGAACGCCUCCAGCUGGACUGGCUACGGCCCCAUCGUCGUCUGCGUCAUCUUCGCAAUAGCUAUCGUACAAGUCGUGUGCGGUUCCAUCUGGAUAGUCCAGCUAGGUAAUCAUUUGACAGUGCCAAUGAUCAUACAAACAUUACUCAUACCAGGCUGUUCCUUCUUCAAUGCCAUCCCUUCCAUCCAUCUACACAUGCUGCUCCGCAACAACCCUCCUAAAAUGGCCAUCUGGUUCUCCUCCAUCUUCGUCAUCCUCUACCUCUGCUCCGCGAUCCUCUCCCUCGCCGCCUGCGCCGGCUCAUCCCCCACCGGCAUCCCUCACGGCCUGCGCCGUGCCGAAUGUCCUCAGGGCACCCCUGGCGGCCCUGAGCAUGGUGUCAGUAAAGCGGUCUGGGAUACGAUGGUUGUGUUUCAAUUCUUCUCGGUGGUAGGCUACGGGUUACAUGGUAGUAUGGCGUAUAAGGUGCAUAGGGUACUGAAGGGGCGGAGGGAAAGAGGCGAGAUAGAAGCACUGGAUCCGGAACAGGAGGAGGCGAGGAGGCAGAAAGCUAGGGAUCUGUGGCAGAAGAAUUAUCGAAUGGAAGGUCUAUAG